AUUAAAGCCAGGAAAAAAAUCGAAACCUAUUAUCUGGGAGGAGCAACUUUCUCCCAACGUUCCUGCCGUUUAUAGUCACCUGGGCAGUGUAAACAUGGAGGAGAGACCGAGCAGGGACGAUACCUCGCUCAACUCACAAAAUGACGACUACGAGGCCACAAACGCGAUUGAGGCCGAUGGUGUCCUAGAUGAUAAGCUCCUUGAUGCCGUCACGCCACGAAUUUCGGUCCUAGAUGAGUCGGUAGAAGACGAGGACCAUCCAGUGAAAAGGACUUUUUGUACUCGAUGUCGCACCAUUUCUUCUAGUUUCCUGUCAACUUCGUAUGUCUCGGGAAGCGACAAUUUACCCGGUAUAGAGAGGCUCCAGCAAUCGAGGAAUUCUCAGACGCGUUUUCUAGGCGACCAAGGACAUCCUGCGUCAGCUGGAGAUUCCUUUGAGGAUAGUGAUGAUGUUCCUCUGUUGCGUGUAAGUCACUUUGGGGAUGAAGAUGGAGCCGAGAAUGGGCAUGCAGGCAUGGGGCCAACGACAGCAGCAACGGCCGACCACUGCCACAUGCCCCGAGCCAGUCAACGAGCCUCCAGCCGUGCCAUGACACAGCUCUUGUUAGCAUGCUGCUUGACUACAGUAUUUAUGAUUGCUGAGGCAGUGGGGGGUUAUUUGGCCAGCAGCAUAGCCAUCAUGUCAGAUGCAGCCCAUCUCUUCAGCGACCUUACAUCUUUCAUCGUCUCACUGGCAGCCAUCUACCUUUCUCGUCAGCCAGCCUCAAAAAAUAUGAGUUUUGGGUACUACAGAGCAGAGGUUUUGGGUGCAGUUGUGAGUGUUCUCAUUAUCUGGGUUAUCACUGGCAUCCUGGUGUUUGCAGCAGUCCAGAGAGUCAUCUCAAUGGAUUUCGAGGUCGAGGCAGACACUAUGAUCAUUGUCUCGGCUCUGGGGGUCGUCAUCAACAUCAUCCUCGGUGUGGUCCUCCACAUGGGGCAGGGGGGACAUGGCCAUAGUCACGGAGGUCUUGGUGGCCAUGGUCACAGUCAUAGCCGCAGACCCAGCAGAGCCCCGGAAAACGAACAACAAUCCAAUAACAUCAACGUCAGAGCGGCAUUCAUUCAUGUUUUGGGAGACCUGAUUCAGAGUAUAGGCGUGUUGAUAGCUGCAUACAUUAUUAGAUACUAUCCACAGUACAAGAUUGCUGACCCCAUAUGCACCUUCAUCUUCUCCGUCCUGGUGAUCAUCACAACCGUCCCCAUCCUAAAGGACCUAACUCAUGUCCUGAUGGAGGGCACACCACAGGGGGUUGACUACGCAUCAGUGUCAGCAAACCUCACAGCCCUUCCUGGAGUGAAGAUGGUUCACUCCCUCAAUGUGUGGGCACUUACUCUUGACAAGAAUGCAUGCGCAGUGCAUAUAGCUAUUAGUGGAGACACAGAUCCAGAGACGGUGCUGCAGGCUGCCCAAAGGGUUAUUCGAACCCGCCAUCAAAUCUUCCACACGACCAUCCAAGUAGAGCGUUACCAACCCCAACUGAUGGACAAUUGUCAGCAGUGUCAGCCACUCUCUAAGUGAGGUGAGGGACAUCAUGACAAACACCAGAGAGGAAAGAGGAAGAUGAAUAAAGCAGAGCAUGAAUGAGCUGUGUUGUCGUCAGUGUCAUUGGAUUUAUUAAGGUUUGUCCUGGAAGAGUUGGAAUGCCUGGGCUGGUGGUAUUCUGUAGCUGGAGACCCUUUAUGUGUGCGUAGACAAUUCAUGACGACAAUCUGAUGAUAACAUAUCAUGGCAAUAAUGGAUGGAUUUUUUCUUUUUUC